AUGUCGAACGAUGACGACCCGAGCAUGGCCAAGAUUGUGAUUGAGAACGGGGCUUUUCUCUACAUUAAGAGGCCAGCGAACCCCGAGAUGCUAAGAUACCUAUGGCAGGAUGUGGCGAGGGAGACCAUGCGCGUGAUGAGAGAGCGCGAAAGGCUGGCGGCCAGCUACAUUACGCCACCAUGUGGCAUCGAGUUUCGGGAAAUGGAAAACCCUAACAACUUGUUCAGUAUGGACAAAGGGAAGCGUAAACGAAACGAUUACUAUAACGAAAAAUAUGUUGAAAACGAACAUAGCUUCGAUGAUAGUAUGAUGAGCCAAGGAAAUGUGAAAAGAAAGAUGUGCAUCCAUUGGACUGAUGAGCUACGCUGGAAAUUUUGUGAGGCUUGUUAUCAACUAGGGGAUGGAAAUAUCUUUCCAACGGAGAUAGUGAAGAAGAUGAAUGUGCCUGGACUAACAAGAAUGCAAGUGGCAAGUCAUCUUCAGAAAAUUCACCUAGCUGACUGCAAAGACCCAGAGUCAACCGAAACGGAUCCCAAGUCAUCUGAUGGUAAGAGGUCAAGCCACAAGGGGAAACGGUUCCGGCGCAUGCCACAGGUCAUGCUGGCCAAAUUCAAAGAGUGGGUCCGCAAUCAUUCAUCGAAUGGUGAGAUGGAGGGUAGGGUUACUGAAUCAGGGAUGGUUACUUAA